UAGCGUCCUUUCUAGGAACGGUUGCUAGCUAAUGAAUAGCUAACCGUUAGCUAUAGCAGUAAGUGCAAAGAAACCACAUAAGCCUUAUCGAAAAUGGAUCUUAUACAAUUCAGCUGUAGAUCAGCCAUUUUCACGAAGUGAAUAAUGCGCGAAUAAGGGAAACCAGAGGUGUUUGCUGACGACUGGGUGUUGUAAAAGUUGUGGGCGCUCACAUGAGUUCCAGGAGGGCAUCAAAGAUGGGUGACAUCUUGGCAACUGAAGCCGACCUUCUUGCGAUGAUAAAGGAGUACCUUAAGUUUGAGGAAUUUGAGGAGACCGUUAAUUGCUUUGACAAGGAGUGCAAAAGCAAAGGCAAGCUCGUCCCAAAGCCACAAGGAAGUUUUCUGAGAGACUCCAAGAUUCGCGAGGUUGAGAAAGACCUCCUUAGGUCUUUUGACGAUGGAGACCAUAAGGUAUUUUUUGAACUGUGGACAGAGAAUAUUCCCCCUGGGGUCAUAAACACGGAUGCCGAGUGUCAGAGCUUGGAGUUCUACCUCCACAUUCAUUUCACUAUUUACCCCCUGAGAAGACACACUGGUAGACACGACCAAGCUGAGUUUCAGGACAGGAUUUCCUACUUCAGGCAGUACCUGGAGACUCGGGGAGCAGCACUAAGCCAGACCACAGAGUUUCUCCCCUACUAUGCCUUACCUUUUGUCCCUAAUCCCACUGUCCACCAGUCCUUCAAAAGACUUUUUCAGGAGUCCUGGGUACCACGUUUGAAGCAUAACCUGGAGCAGUUUCUUUCAGUAACACUAAAGCUGUCGAGCUCCCCAAGGCUUCUGAAUUUGUAUAAGGAAGGUGGGAAGAGUACCAAAGAGGCCAUGCAGCUGUUGGAGCUGCAGCUGAAUGAGUCAGAACGACGAAUUGCCAGCCAUGCACGAAAGUUCCACAAGAUGCAGUCCGACUACCACAACCUUAUAGGUAUCACUGCUGAGCUGGUUGACUCCUUGGAGGCCACUGUCAGUGGAAAAAUGAUCUCUCCAGAGUACCUGCAGAGUGUGUGUAUUCGCCUGUUCAGCAACCAGAUGAGGCAGAGUGUGGUGCAGAGCACUGACUUCACCAGACCUGGCACUGGAUAUUGCUCUGUGAGUCCUUAUGAUGAUGGCUAUGCGUCUUCGAUGCUACGAGCAUCUAUUGCACCACAGAGGACUAAGGAGGUACCAAUGCUGCCCUCACUAGACUAUGAAAAGCUGAAGAAAGACCUGGUUGAAGGCCCAGACAGACUAAGGUCACUGCUGCUUCAGGCACUGCGCUGGAGACUGACUCGUUCACUUCCUGGUGAACAGAGAGACACUGUUCUUCAGGCUUAUAUCAGCAAUGAUCUGCUAGAAUGCUACAGUGCUAAACAGGCAACUGUUCUUCAUUUAUUGAAGUCAAAAAAUGAGAUUGUCAGGCAGUACAUGGCUCGUCUUAUCAAUGCGUUCGCCUCCCUUGCAGAGGGUCGGGUUUAUCUCUCCCAAAUUCCCAUUCUAAUGAAGCUCCUGACAGAGACACUCAGGAAGGAGGAAAAAGACUCUCUCACUAGAGAAAAUGUGCUGGUGGCCCUGCAGAAACUAAGCCUAAGGAGGAAUCAGCAGACAGCCAUGAUAGGAGACAACCUAAUCGAGUGGUUGGUGGAUGAACUGCAGGAUUCAGAUUGUUUGAGUGACUAUAGCCUGGAGUAUUCUGCAGCUCUGCUUAUGAACCUGUGUCUGCGAACUAAAGGAAAAAGGAAGUGUGCAGAGAACGCCAAGCAUGUACUAAAGGUUCUUACUGACCUUCUUGGACAUGAGACCCACGAGAUUCGACCAUAUGUGAAUGGAGCCCUGUACAGUAUCCUGAGUAUUCCCUCUGUGAGACAGGAAGCCAAAGAGAUGAGCGUAGAUGAAAUUCUCCAUUGCUACAGCAAAGAGGAGAACCCAGACCUCAACAGGCAGAUUGACUUCAUUAUUAAACAGCUGAACUCAGCUGAGGAAGAGGGGCCAGAAUCAGAUGAUGAAGAGGAAGAGGACGACAAUGAUGAGGAUUUAAUGGAGACAGAUCUUGACAAAGAAGAAGUUCUACUGCCACAGCCUAGAGAAUUGUCUGGAGAGAGUCUGCUCACAACUGAGUAUCUGGGAAUUAUGACAAACAUGGCAAAAGUGAAGCGGAAGCCUACCCCUCUGCAGCAACCCAGUGCUGAUGAGCCCCUACAGCGGCCAGUCACCCCAGGCUCACAGCGCAGUCUCACUGCUGUCAAUCAGCGCGAGGAACGAAGUCUGCCUGGUUCCCGAUUCAACUCCCGACCUCCAACACGCUCUGGCAGCCGUCCCAGCACCGCAGAUUCCCUACGUCACAGCAUUGACUCGGAGUGUGGCCAGUUGUCCCAGGAGUCGGAGUUGGACAGGCCGUAUGAAGAGCGAACCACAAAAGGACAUUCCCAGAUGGAACACAAUGGACACUCUGCCAGUGGUGAUUAUAUCCCAGCUUUUGUGAGCCAGCCCAAGAUUCCCCGUACUCCUGACACAGUCAACAACAGUGGUGCUCGCAGGGGUAGAGGUCCGGUUCCCCAGUGUUCCCAGUCGGAGCCACGGCUGAGCAGCCGACCAGGAUCUGCCACCUCCACUGGAGGAGGACGACAAAUUGGGAGCAGCCAGUCAAAGCGGAGGUGAAGAGGGAGCUGUCAACAUGGAGUAGCUCUAUCUUCUCUGGAGCAUCGGGCUUCCUGUAACAUCAUCCCCCCAGGUUGUAAUCAGGGUCAGGGCAACAGAGAUGGUCGAGGAUCAGCAGCAGGAGGAGGAGGAGGGGCUGAAACAAUGUGAAGGAUUGUUGCUUUUUUCCCUCCUCAGUUUUAGCACAGACUUGUUCUGUAACACAAUAUGAGGUCAGACAAUAGUCACAACUUCCAGCCACCUAAACCUGUGCACCUUCUACCCACAGUCAGCCACACUUUCUGCCACUUCCUACCAAUAUACAGCAUAGCUGGUAAAUAUGUCCAACAUCUGGAAGCCAUGACUCUCUCCACCAGCUUUCUGGCUCCUGAAAUGUUUGUUAACCUUUGUUUGAUGGUCACAGACUGAAUUAAUGUUGUAAACUAAAUGUAUGUAAAGGACAGACUUUAGAGCAGCUCAUUUUCUUAUUUUCAAGUAAUCUUGAUUCCUGAAUUCUCGCUAUGAAUUGUAUAUAUAGAUUUUUGACCAUGGUGUAUAAUUUCCAUCUACAUGAAUAAAUAAUUGUACUGGUUGUACUUCAUAUAUGAAACAUCCCAUAUCAAAGUAGCUGCUCAUGUUUAAUGUUUACAGGAAUGACCAAGGUUCUUAUCUGGGCUGUCACAUCCUAGACUUGUUUGUAAGCGAUAUUAAGAUCUGCUCCAUUGCUACUGAUAGCAUACACUGCCACAAACACAACACAACAUCUGGCAGAAAACUUGAAUAUAUAUAUGAAUGUCUUAUGUCCACUUUGCACUAUGUUGAUGUGUAUUUAUAUAAUAACUGCAUUAUUAUUUUAAUUGAUUUUGAUUGACAUUGGAAUGUGAUUGUUUUGUCAGUGGUUUUAAAUAAAUGUGUGACAUUUGAUCUUUACAA